CAGACAUGAGACAAAUUCUAUUUUAUAAAUUUGGUGUAAUUGGAAAGACAUACAAAAACUGUAAUUUAUAGUAAUUUUUAAAAUAGUUACUAUUGAACAAUUAUUACUAUCGUUUUAAUAAUAUAUUUAUUAAUUACACUAUUAUAUAUUUUUUUAGUGUCUAAUAAAUGACCCAAAUCAUUUUUUUUAAUCUUAUAGUAUUUCAAUUUUUUUUAAAUUUUCUCUCAUAAUUUCAACUAUUUUUUUUAAUUAUUUGAAUUUUGCGAGCUAUUAAUUUUAAGCUAUACUAAUCAUGACAUCAAGACGUAUAUUUACUACAAGCUCUCAGUUUCACAAGAUGUUUAUUAGUUUUAAAAAUGGAUUAAAUGUAGCACAUUAUUCAAGUUCAACCAUUCAAAUGUGUGACCGAAAUAUUACUAAUGAUAUAAGCAAAAUGUUUUUUUCUGGGCCCAUACAAGAAAUCUUAGUUGAUCUUACUCAUGUUGAUGUACAAAAAGCAUUCAGAAAAAGACUAACUGGGCAGAAUCCUUCUAUUCCAAUGUACAAAUUUAUGACAACUUCUGAAAUUAAUAAAUUACAAGCUGAAAUUAAAGAAAAAGCAAAAAAAAAAUUACAAAUGCCUCCAAUUGUACCAUUGAGGAAAGAUUUAGGAGAAGUUUUAAAUAUUGAUAAAGAUAUAGUUGGUUUUGACAAUUCUAAAUACUUAUUUACUGAUAUUACAUUUGGAGUAUCUGAUAAAAGUCGUAUUAUAGUAGUUCGAGAGCCUGAUGGAACCUUACGGAAAGCCAAUGCAAAUGAGCGCCAUACAGCUAAUCAAAUAUAUUUUCCACAAGCUGGAAAAGAGCUUAAACAUCCAGUAAUGUUUAAAGAUGAAAAUUUAUUGCCUUUACUUGAAAAUGGAGAUUAUGAAUUCAUACUUGAUAGAGCCUGUUGUCAAUAUGAACCUGAUGACCUAAAUUAUCAUAAUGUGGUUUUUACUACUUACAAACAUAUUGAUUUGAAAAAAAAAUAUUCUGUUCUAGAAUCAACCAGACAUAUAGGACCUCUAUUAUUUUAUUUAGCACUCAAUAAAAAAACUGAUAACUUCUUAAUAUAUUGUUUUGAAACAGAUAGAUUAGAUGAUGCCAUCAACUUUAUUAAAUUAUACUCAAAAAUUAAUAAAACAGUAGAAAGUGAAAUAAUAGCCAAAGAAAAACAAUUAGAUUUCAUCAAGGAUUUUAUAAAUAAUCAUUGUCAAGAUAAAACUUGUGUUGAAGCUGCUUUCAAUAAUUGUAUUAGUAUUUACAGUAAUGCAGAACAUGAAGUUGUUAAUUAAUUAUUUUUUCAUAAUAUUAUAUUUUUAUAAGAUAAUUCUUAUAAUAGUAUAUUAUAAAAUAGAUUAUAUGUACAUAUAUAUUUAAUAUCACAAUGUAAAAUUUUAAUAUGAAAAUAUUUUUUAUCAAACAUUUUGAGCACAUCUAAAUCCUAAAUUUGAUGCUGAACUAUCUGCAGUAUUUUGACUUCGUGCAGCACAUCUGUAUCGAUAGCAGUGGUCUUUGUGGCAUAAGUAUGAGCCUCCUUUCUUUAUUUUUUCUUUUCCAUUAUGAGGACCUUUCUAAAAUUAUGUGUAUAGUGUAUAAGUAUCAAUUUCCUAAGAAAUAAUAGAUAACAUAAUAUGUUAUAUAUAAUUUUGAAACGCUCCUAUCCCUUAAAAGAUUAAUUUAAAAAAUAUUUAAAAUACAUUUACUUUAGCAUUUAAGCCUAAGUUUAAUGUAAUAAAAAUAUAUUAAUACGUUGUGCCAAAUUACUGAACAAGUAUGUUUCUACUUUAAUAAAGUAAUAGUAAAUAUUAACAACAUAAA